AUGUGGUGCACCCCGCGGCUGGGCCCUGGACCCUUCCAGCUGGAACUGGUGUCUGAGAAGCUGAUCAAGCCGCCUGCCGUCAGCAGCGCCCGGACAGAGCUGGCCUGCCUCGACCAGGUCAACGUGAUCACCUGCACCACGAGGGCGUGGGGGUGGCAGGGAGGGCGGCUUGACGCGGCCGCCCUGGAGGCGGCGUUGCGGGCCACAGUCACCGACCUGCCCUUCUUGGCGGGCAGGAUCUGCAAGAUGGAGGGCGGCCGCCUGGGCAGCCUGCACAUUGAGCACAGCGGCGCGGGCGCGCUGCUGACGGUGGCGACCAGCGAGGAUGCCCGGGUGGCGGGCAUGGGGCCGCUGACCUGGCCGCAGCCGCGCAUCACGCUGGCCGCGCCUGCCAUCCCUUUCUACAUCCCGCCCAUGGAUGGCAGGCGGGUGAUGGCGGGCAAGGAGCCGCUGAUGAAGGUGCAGCUCAGCCAGCUGGCGGAUGGAGACGUGCUGGGCAUCACCCUGAGUCAUUUGGUGUGCGACGGGGUGCGCUGGCCCCUGCUGGCGGCCCACCUGGCGGCGCGGUACCGCGAGCGCGUGGGCGGCCCCCCCGCAGACCCCGCGCACCUGCUGCGCCCCGUGGACCGCUGCCUGAUGUCUUCGGGCGCCAUGGCGGCGCAGCUUGGGUGCGAGGGCGGCGAGUGGCGGGAGCACCGGCUGGAGGUGCGGCCCAGCCUGGGCGGCUACUGGCGCCUGGCAAAGCUGCUGGUGGCGGACGGACUGCAGCCCAUGCAGCUGCUGGUGCUGCACAUCCCGGCACAGCAGGCGACAGGGGCCGGCGCGCCGCCCGCGGCGCGCGCACCCGUCAGCACGACAAAGGGGGCCAGGCCGGCGGCGGCGCCGCCGCCCAGCUCGACGUCGUUGGGCACAAAGGUGCCGUCGCGGCCGCUGACGCCCGCGGGGUGGCGCAGGCCGCGCGCGCGGAACAGCGGCGCGCCGCCGUCUGCGGGCGGCGGGCGGGAUGGGGACAGGGCCGUGGGCAGCAGAUGA